AUGGCAGAUCCACAAAUGCCGCCCGCCCGCCGUUCCUCUGCGAAAAGUACUUUCAUUAGCACCCAACACGGCACAAUCGCGGUGUCCAACCCCUACGACUGGCUCGAAGACACAUCUAGCGCCGAAACUAUAUCCUUCGUCGAGGCCCAAAAUGCCGUGUUCGCGUCGUAUCUCAACGAUGAAAAGCUCGGGCCCGCGAAGCAGCGCUUGACGCUCAGUUUGAUGGACAUGUGGAAGCUCACCAUCUUUCCAGGUGUGCCGCAGAGUCUGGGAGAUGGGAAUGGGGACUACAUCGUCAGAGUGAUGGGCCGGGGACGGGAGUUUGGCGUCUCGUACCGGGUCGGCAAAGCGGCUCUCCUGGGCGUAUCUAGUGCUGCUGCUACUCAAUCCGAUCAAAAUGGAAUUGAAAGCCCAACAAUCUUCUACGAUGAAGCCACCUACUCCUCCGUUCUGACAGCCUCAUCGCUUAGCCCGAGCGGGAAUUUCUGGGCCUUCACGACCAGCGACUCCGGCUCGGACUGGGGUGUCAUCCGCGUCAAGGACACUCGCACUGGCGAGAUUUUGCGCGAUGAAGUCCGCGGCACCAAAUUCUCCAGCAAACCCUGCGCCACGAUCCCCUGGCUCGGAGACCGGGGCUUCUUUUACACUUCCUAUCCCGGCGGCGGGCCACAUGGGAAUAGCACAGCGGUCAGAACAGCGCCGCCUCAGGUCCGUUUCCAUGUCCUUGGGGCGGCGCAGGAGGUCGAUGAGGUCGUGUAUGAAGAUGCACAGCAUCCCGGGUAUUCAAUCAAGGCGAGUGUGUCGAUGGACGCGAGAACGGUGUUUCUCGAGGUGUACGAUCAAGGUAGGGGAUGCCAGGUCUGGGCUGCCAACGUCGAUGUGGACGGAGUGAAUGGCACUGUCGGUGCUGCUCCCAAUGAGAGCAAAAGGCUCAAUCUCAAAUUCGACGAACUCGUGUCGGAUAGCUUUGAUGCUGAGUUGGAAUACAUUGGCUCUUCUCCUGACAACUCGAGCACCCACUUCUUCUGGACCACAGACUCGAAUGGCAAAGUAGUCUCCUAUACCCCUCACAAUAAGGACAAGAACACGCCUCUCCGCGAUGUGGUCGGCUCUCGAGAGCGCGAGACUUUGAAGCUUGCACGCCUCUUGUCUGACGGCAACAUACUGGCCGUGCGCUCCGUCGACGUGCGGGAUCAGAUCCAGAUCUUCUCGUCGCGGACGGGUGAGCAUCUCACGACCGUGGCAGGCGAUGAUCUACCCAUGUGGACGAUCUUGGACGUGUCUUUUGAUCCCUCGACCGAGACUCUGUUCUUGCUUGAGUCGGCGUUCACGCAUCCGCCGCUGCUGUGGUAUACACAAGUUUCUCCAUCCAACGCAGCGGCUGCAGACGGUGGAGAAGGACGGGUAGCAAUGGCUGUCAGUGACUUCAAACUCAUAUCUCUCUUCCCAGAAGACGAAUCGUCCAAUCAAUCCUCAUCCGCAGCAGCAUCACCACCACAAUCCCUCUCAACGACCCAAAUCUUCUACCACUCGACCGACUCAACCCCGAUCCCCAUGUUCCUCACAUCUUUGUCUCCUACAACCUCCUCUCCCUCACCCGCAUCAUCUUCAGGGCCCAUCCUGCUCUACAUCUACGGCGCCAUGGGGCUAGCCGUAAUCCCCCACUUCCGGCCCGACUUCAUCACCUUCCUGCGCGUGUUCCGGGGCUCUACGCUCGCGGUGGCCAACGUCCGCGGCGGCGGCGAGUACGGCACGACGUGGCACCACGCAGCACAGAAAUUGAACCGGCAGCGUCUUUUCGACGAUGUUGUAUGCGCGGCUGAACACUUCCGCGGAACACCAACUUUGGACCAGGGACGGCGUCAAGGAGAAAAAUCAUCCUCAUGGGCGAAAGCAUGGGCGGCCUCAACGCAGCGAGCGUUAUGA